CGGCGAGGCUGCGCUUCCCCGCCCGGCCGUGUAGGGGGGGCCCGUCCGCCUCGGGAAGCCAGCGGGCGGCCUGGGCCUGAGGAGUCGGAGACGCCGCCCGAAAGAGACCGGCGGCGGCGGCGGCAGCGGCUUUGGGCGCCAUGGAGGACAUCAACUCCAACGUGAACGCCGACGCCGAAGUGCGGAAGCUGCAGGAGCUGGUGAAGAAGCUGGAGAAGCAGAACGAGCAGCUCCGCAUCCGCAGCGCGGCCGGGGCGCCCGGCGGCAGCCCCAAGCGGCUGCUCAGCGGAGGAGGAGGAGGGUCGGGCGCCUGCACGCCGCCGCCGCCGCCGCUCCUUACGCCGCCCGCCGGCCACCUCUCGCCGUCCUCCUCCUCCUCGCCCUCGGCCCUGGGGCUGGAGAGCCGCGGCCUGAGCUCCAAGGCCGGGCCGCGGCGGCCUCCGUCGGGCGACGAGCGGGGCGCGGAGGCGGCUCGGGGGAGCGUCGAGAAGAGCGGCCUGCUGGACGAGGUGGAGCCGCUGAGGCCCGACGAGCUGGAGCGGCUGGCCGGCUGCGAAGAGGACGAGACGGGCUGGUUGUAUAUGUCACCAAAGAAAAAAGUGACCCCAGUGCAAAAAUCAGUGAGUCCACUUGUUUGGUGCAGGCAAAUACUGGAUUAUCCAACUCCAGACAUUGAAUGUGCGAAAAAGUCAUUGAUCCAUAGGCUUGAACAAACCAUGUCAGCUCUCAAGAGACACAGCCUAUAUAGUAAUCCAUUCAACACUGUCAAUUACACAAACUCCUAUAGCCACAGUGCUGGCAGUCCCUACAGCACUGGCUUCAGUUCUCCUUCCCCUACACCAGUGAAAGGUCCUUUAAUAAAACAGCUUAUAUAUCCUAACAACUCAGGUCAUUUCAAAAGUUCAGAUCGAAAUCCUCCACUCAGCCCACAGUCCUCUAUAGACAGUGAAUUGAGUGCUUCAGAAAUGGAUGAAGACUCAAUAGGAUCUAAUUACAAACUAAACGACUUAACUGAUGUGCAAAUUUUAGCUCGGAUGCAAGAAGAAAGUCUUCGGCAAGAAUAUGCAGCAACUACUUCUCGGCGUAGUUCUGGUUCUUCGUGUAGCUCUGCGCGGCGUGGAACGUUUAGCGACCAGGAACUUGAUGCCCAGAGCUUAGAAGACGAAGAAGACAGCUGCCACCAUGCAGCCCACCCACCUAUGAAUAGGUUCUCUCCGUCACCCCGCAAUUCACCCCGACCUUCACCAAAACAGUCCCCAAGGAAUUCUCCCCGGUCGCGAUCCCCUGCUAGAGGAAUUGAGUACAGCAGAGUGUCACCUCAGCCCAUGCUUAGCCGCCUGCAGCAGCCUCGCCUUUCACUUCAAGGACAUCCACCUGAUUUACAAACCACCUCUGUAAAAAAUGAAGAAAAACUAAGGCGUAGUCUUCCAAACCUGUCCAGGACAUCUAACAUCCAUGUUGAGUCUGUGAAAAACAGUAGAAGUGAUUCAAACUUCCAAGUGCGAAAUGGAGGAAUGCCUCGUAUUCAACCUCAGUCCUCAGCCACUCUGCAAAAGCAGAAAAAUUUGCACCGUGUUGCCUUCAAAACCAAACAGCUACUUCAUACUCCAGGCGCCAAAGGAGUUCCGUCUCCCAGUAAAUUCCGGUCUCCAGCAGCGCCCUCCCCUCUGGCUCUGAGACAGCCAGUGAAAGCGUUUAAUACCCAUGGACCUAAUUCUGUUCCUGAAGCCACGCCGCUUCCGCACGGCAGCUCUUCGCCGGGGCCUUUAGCAGCUCCCAGUUCUGCAAGUCCAGCCGGCAGCAUCAACAGCACGACCCUUACCAGACCUGCGGGAACCACAGGGUUGAGGAGUGGCUUGCCAAGACCGAGCACCCCCGGCACGGGGGGCAUCCCAGUGCCUCGCAGCAAACUCACACAGCCCAUGCGCAGAUCUCUGCCAGUUCCCAAAUCCUAUAGCAGCGUAAAAGACGAGAGCUGGAAGGAUGGCUGCUACUGAACAGCAAAGCUUUGUAACUCACGAUAUCCUUCUUCACCAGGCUAAACCACAGAUCAACAUGCAGACUGAUGAAAAAUACUUUGGGAGGAGGGGGGGGGGUUGAAACUCUCCAGAUCUCUCUGUCUUUAAUUAGCACAAGCUGGCAGAGAUUAUAAAACAGCACUUUAAUGACAUUUAACAUCAGAUACUUGGUGAUCACUCAGAUUAUUUUUACGUGAAUCACGUAUCGCUUCUGAAGCUCUACUUCCCUGCUUCCUAAAAUUGUUAUCGAUGCUCACAUGACUACAACAGUCCACAUGGCUACAACAAGGGCAAAUGUCUGAAUAUGCCAAAGAUACAUCCAUGUUGAAAAAGCAGCACAUAAAAUAUUAAGCAAAAACCAUUCUUGAAAGACCAUGCGUUACUUGAUUUUGAAGAGCAAGGCUUGUUUUAACCUGUAGAAGAGAAAUAUUAACGUUGAUCAAAGCAAAAAUUGGAUCGUAAAAUGCUACUGGGCUAGUGAGAUUGUUUUAGACAAUUGUGGAAGAGGUGUGUGGAGAAACGGAGUCACAACAGAACCUUGUCUCUGGAGUCUCACUGUGGGAGUGAUAGAGUUGUACCAAUUUUUGUUUUUUGUUUUUUUUUUUUUUUAAAAAAAACACCUAGGCCUCUGAGACUUGAUAAGCAUAGGUUGCCAUUCUUUUACGUUGACGUGUCAUAUCAGGUUUUGUAUAAUACUACGAUUGCCAAAAGGGCUCGUUUAUCAGUUGUACAAUCCCAAAAGUAGCUGUUCCUGGCUCAGGAAAAUAGCAUUUUUAUUUUUUAUUUUAUUUUUUUGCAGCGAUGUUUUUAAACAUGUGAGUCUUUUUUAGAGCAAGCUUCCUGGGAAGAGAAAAAAGGAAGAGAACUGAUGAAGAAAUAAUUGCCAGGUGUAUAAUGCCUGGAGUGCAACUGAGCAGGCCUGUAGUUAACAUGAAGGAAAAACAACAACAGCAACAACAACAACAACAACAACUAUGCAGCUCUUGCCCAGAGAUUCUAAGGAAAUCAAUUGUUCCGCUGACACCAAAUGCUUUAUUCCUGUGGGUUAUGUUUCACGGUAUGAGGGAGUCUUUAUCCUUUUUUUAAAAAAAAAAAAAAGAUCAGCUUCCUAGAGGUGUGUUUAAUUGUAAAUACUUCCACUGAGGUUAUUGCCCCUAUUAAUAUUUUAACUAUGUACUUUGCCUUAUAUUUGUAUUUUGCAUUGUUGGUAACAGUUUGAAAAAAAAGAAAAGAAAACUCUGCCAUGUAUGUUUACAAAGUGGUUUGCUCCUCUAACAGUUGUCAGCUUUUCGCUAUUUUGCCAAUCCUCGUUGUCAGGGUAUCCCUCACGCGGUAGAAAACUAUUAAUACUCAAAAGCCCCAUCUCUUGCGGCUCCCUUUUCGGUUGUUUUAGGUCAGGGGUAGGCAACCUUGGCUCUUUUAUGACUCGUGGACUUCAACUCCCAGAAUGCUGAGAGGAAAGGGAGAGGUUUCCAUGCUGAGCCAUGCUGGCUCAGGAAUUCUGGGAGUUGAAGUCCACGAGUCAUAAAAGAGCCAAGUUUGAAGACCCCUGUUGUAAGCUCUCCUCAACGUUAAAACUAUGCUGAAUGCCUAAAAAUGGAGAAAGGAUUUCUUUCUAUUUCUGAGGAAAGAGUAAUUCAUUUGCAGACAAGCCAUCCUGAAUGAAUGGAUUGCCGAUAUAGUCAAUAAUUAGAUAAUACCCAAUUUAAAUAUUAAUCCACAUACAAACCAGAUAAUCUCAUUAACUUAGCCCAGGAGAAGGCAACCUUGGCUCUUUUAUGACUGGUGGACUUCAACUCCCAGAAUUCCUGAGCCAACCAUGCUGAGGGAAAAGGGAGAGGUUUCCAAGCUGAGUCAUGCUGGCUCAGGAAUUCUGGGAGUUGAAGUCCACGAGUCAAGGUUGCCUACCCCUGAGUUAGGUUGUAGUGGAAGACAGAAGAAAAGUUAUUUAUCGGAAAGGAAUUCAGAAUCAGUCACUUGCAAGGAUUAUUUUCCUUUUUAAAGAAAGGAAAGGCAGUCUCUCGGAAUGACGUUUCCUUUUGCUGUCUAAAGUAUUGAGCUAAACAAACAAACAAAAAGGUUUUAGCUAGGAUGCCAUUUUGGUAAGGACUGAGCAUCAAACAUACUCUGUUUGCAGCUUGAAACCCUCAUUCAUGCCUGCCUCUUAAAGUGUGUAUUUUUGAAUUUUGCAAAAAAAAAAAAAAAAAAAGAGUAAGUGGUUUGGGGAUUCCCAUCUUUGAUUAUUUAGGUAGCCUUCCUAGAUUAGUGGAUUAAAAGCCAUGCAAUUUUUACUUGAAUUGGAAAAGUGACCAAGGCAGGAUAGGACUAGACAUCUGUUCCAGCACUCAGGCAUUUUUGUUUUUAUUUUUUAAUUUAAAGGGAUGGCCCUUCCAUGGUCUUGUGUGAAGGAUGGGAUUCUGGAAUCUUUAGAUGCUGGGUUCUGAAGGCACAAUAUGGACCUUUCAGACAUAAAUUAUCACCUGCAAGUAAGACCCUGGGCAUCAAUGACUUCGUUUUCACUUUGCAGCUUUACAUAGUGGAAUUACUUGCACUUGUGUGACUCACAAGCACAUUGUGGGGAGUGAUUUUCCUUUAACUGGGAAUGUUACUAUGAUCACAUCCUAAUUGCAGUCAAGCCAGAUCAAAAAGAAUUGAACCUGGGUGUCGUCUUAAAUCAGGGUAGCCAGUAAUUGUAGGAAGGGAAAUUAACAGGAGCUGUGUUGCACUGUUAGUCCAGCAUGUUUAAAGUGCUGAUCAGAAAAAAAACAUGAGAUAUCUAAAUAUUUUUAGAUAACUUUUACCUAGUCUAAUUUUUAAAAUGGGGCUCUAGCCAAGCAGAUAUUGCAGUCUUUAUAAGUGAGAACGUUCUCAUUUCUACUUUUACUAGAAAAAAUACUUUAUCUGAAUAUUUUCUUCAAACAUCCAGAUGUUGCCUUUUUAAGCAAGCUACAUCACCUUAAUUUAUAAGCGUGUUUUACGAAGCUCAACCUUGAGUUACUUUUGAUAAUGCAUCACGUUUUGAAGGCAUCAUCCCCCCUUGUUGCCACAUUGCAAUAAACAUCCAGCAAAUUUAGAUUCCUGAAAAAAGUGUAACUAGAGGAGACUUUCACACUGUCAGUUUAUUUGAUUGCCACCACAUCCUAUGACUUUUUUUGUGUUUUAGAGGUUUGGGUAUGUUGAAGUGUGGAAACAUGAAUAUGAUAAACUAGUGCCUAUGAUUUACUUAAUUUAUGUUUGACAAUAGUUGUUAAGGGUUUUAUGAAUGUGGGGGGGGGAUUGUGUCAACAGCUCAGAAUUGUUGUAUGUGUGUAGGCAGAAAAGAGGAGUUCUGCUUCUAAAAUUAUUUAAUUUUUCCUCAGUGUUUGAAUGUUUUUGUAAAUGUUAAUAAAAAAGUGUAAAAAGGAAGAAUAUAGGUA